AUGCCGGGAAAAACUCGUCCAGUUGAGAAGAUUGCCAAAGCUUCAGCCCAAUGCUCCGUAGAGGUUGCGGCAUACGGCAAGUGUGUUCUUACGGAUUACAACUCGGUGCAUAAAGAUAUGUGUGCCAAAGAGUUUAUGCGAUUGAAGAAUUGCUACCUGGUAGGUGACGAGCGAGUGCUGCGCCGCGGCAUCCAAAAAGGGCUAAAGAAUUGUUCCUUGAAAUUAUAUGUUGGUAGAAUCAAAGGCAUCGGAAGCACUCAAAGAUUUGGAGCCGUUUUGGUAUGA